AUGACCGGUCAAAACCGGUUAUUGAUGGGAGUAAACACCCCCAUCAAGGACCGGUUUUUACUGGUCCUUGAUGGAGGUAAACAUCCCCAUCAAGGACCGGUUUCAAGGACCAGUUUUAACCAGUCCUUUAUGGAGGUAAAAACCCGCAUCAAGGACUGGUUUCAACUGGUGUGGAACUGCUCAGCAACUAGCAUGAGGAGGAAAAAGGGAAAACAUGGGCCAGAAGAGCCUCUAUUUAUAGACAAAUUGUUCUGCAGUACAUGGGAUUUUUGGCCUGAACACAAGCUAUUUGUAUAUUUAUUAUUUAUGAUAAAUUGA